AUGGCGAUUGAGACUCAACAAGAGAAGUGGGAGAUCUUGGGAGCUAAAGCCUGGGAAGAUUCCCAGAAGAGAGCAGGAUGCAGAGGGCAGGAGUCCACAGAGAAGGUCACGCAGCUUCCAAAAGUCAAGGAGAUCCAGAAGAAACCUGCAAAGGAAGAUAAGCCAUCCAUCCAAGCUGCAGCCAGAUUUGCUGGAAAGCCCCACGCCCUGGAUUCCAAUAGGGAGGGCAGCACCCUAGGCAAGGGCCAGGACAUCUUGCAACUGGAGAUGACCCAAGGGGGUCCGGGUCCUCCGGGAGUCGCGCUUCCUCCCUGCCAGCAGGUCCUUGUCAUCCCUCCACAGUCGAACCCCCACCCCAACCCCGCACCUCCCUGGCCCUUCACCCUCCAUCUCCACCCGCACAGCCCGCGGGCAGUUUUCUCCCCACUCACCCCGCCUUCCCCGCUGCCCGAGGAGAGCACCUCCCUGCAAACGGACAGGGGAGGAGAGCGCGGGAGGGAGAAGGAGGGAGCGCCCCGGCUGCCCAGGGAGCGGACGGAGCCUCCCGUCCCGGGGCGGGAACCAAAAGGAAGCCUGGGGCUGCCGGGCGCCUCGCGGGAGGGGCCCGGCUGCAGCUCCCGGCGCAGGGAAAGCUCGGGAAGCUGCGGGCGGAGGCGGCGCCCCCGGGGCCGGGGCCCGGCUGCAGGCGCCGUGCCCGCUCCGCGCCGCUGCCGCCCGGCCGCGGAGCUCCGCCCGGUGCCCAGGCCUGUCCCGGCCCGGGAGCCGCCGCGGCGCCAGCCCCGCCGCCGCUGCAGCGUCCGCUGCCGCCAGCGCCCCCCGUCGCGGCCGCCGAGCGUCCCUCCCGCAGGCUGUGGCGGGCGGCGGGACGGGUUGCAUCAGCCCCGGCUAUAUAGCGGCCCCUGGGCGGCGGGGAGGGGUCGGGAAUGCGGAACCGGCCGAGCUGCCAGCUCCAGACGUCAGAGGGGGACGGAGAGGAAGGGAAGGAGGGGACCGAGGAGGAGGGGGUGUGGAGCCGGCGCUUCACACCCACUGACCUUAACCUCCCCCGCCGCCUUGGGCGCCCUUCUCCCGCUGCCGCUUGCGCUCCUCUCCCCGCGGGGGCGGCCCGGGUUCCAUCCAGUCCCCCGGCUCCGCCACCCCAUGGUGCAGGAGCGCGCGAGAAAGCAGGACGCGGCGAGCGGUUAUGUAAGCGCACCCCCCGCGCACCGCCGCUCGGCUUGUGCCCGCCAGGCAGCCGCAGCGCUGGGAGAGAGAAGCGAGAGGCCGGGGCCGGGGGACAAGUCAAAAGCCCCUUCACGCACAGCCUGUGUUAACCAUGUACCUCAAUCCCGGCGCUUCCCCCCAAACUGAGAGAGACAGGGACAAUUUCAGCACAGUUUCAUCCUUGGACACUUCAGGACUGAGCGGGUGAGGAGGCGAUCUCGCCAGCCUGCUUUAUUUUUCGGUGGAGAAGGAUGGGCUGAGAUGAAGGCAUCUGGGGACUCCUACCCCUACCCACCGGCCCCCGCCAGCGCCCUUAGGCCCCAAGGCGGCUCGCUGCACCAGCCUGCCCUCCGCUAGGGCUGCAGCUUGAGACCGCGGCUUGCUUUGCUGCUGGCACAGUUUGACCCUUGGGCUUGUGCCCUGCUCCAGCGGGCUUCUCCUUUCCGCUCCGGACACAGCAGUGAGCAGAGCCAGCCCUCAGCAGACCCCAAGUGGCCUUCUUCCCCGUUACAGCUUCAAUAGCCAACCCCACUCCCACCUUCCAUCCUCCUAGAGAGGAAAUGGUGAAGGGGACUCCAGAGGGAAGGUGACAUCCAUGGUGCCCUGCAGUCUACAAAGGCAGAGACACAGAGCCCUCAGGUAGAACGGGGUUCCCUAGGUGGCAUCUCCUACCUCCAAUGCUCCUGGGUACCCAUCGAGCCCCCUACCUUCUGCCUAAGCCAGAUAGGAGUGAUGAGUUAUAUACUCAGCGACUUUCGGCCUCCUUCUGAGAGUGAUGUCAGGUCAUCACCCAUAGAAGAAAGGAAGUGAAAGAAAAAAGUUCAUGCCUUCUUGGAGUGCAGAUGCUCAGAGUGAAAGAAACAACAAGACUUGAGACAGAUGCGUGCAAUUGAUCAAACCCGAACAUGCACGGCUCUCCCAUGUGAGUGAGUGCGUGAGACUUUAUUCUCCUUAUUUCCCCAGUGCAGUGAAAUCUUGCUGGAUAAAAGAAUUGGGCUAAUAGAAGGAGAGACAGACCAAGUCCCAAUGACAUUGCCUGACCAUUUUCACCUUCGCCAUUAGCAAUCUCCCUCACAGCAUUGGUGUGGGCAGGUAAGCGGAAAGCAAGACCCUGAAAGACUGUACAUUGGAAAAUGAGCAGUAAUUUGACACUCUUGUGGAAGAGCAUGACUCUCCGCCCUAGAAAGGCCAAUGACACCUUUACUACAGCGUAAAGAUCAAAGCCAGGGACUGUGAAACUGCCUCAUGAUGUUUCUCCCAUGAGACCUGUGUCUGGAUGUUUAUAUGGAACAAAACAUAGAACAGAGGCAAUACUACUUGAUGUGUCUUCGGCUGGGGCUCUGGAUAAAAUAAACUGAUCUGUAUGCAGGGACCAAUAAUUAGGGUGUGUGGUUAGAGCUCGUCCUCUCUAGGGCCUGUUUUGGACUGUGGCUGGGCCACCAGCAGUCCUACUGGGCCUUUGCUUCCCCCACAAAUUAAAUAUGUUACAGGGGUGGCACCAAGGGGUGACUUGGGAGGUCUUUAGUCCCCUCUACCUACCUAUAAUCUCCAUUAGGUCUUCUCUGUUAUUUGAUAUGGAGUUUUUCCAAUUUCAUAUAGGAUGCUAUAAGAACACAGCUUCAAGGCCUCCCUUCUGGUCACAUACUCCCUACUAGGCCCCUCUACAUAGUCACUGCCUCUGGGAGUGGCUAGAGGGAGAGGCAUAAACUGGGUCCUUUAUGCAGACAUUGGAUGCUGGAUGGAGCUGAUCUACCGCUGGCUCUUAGGGACAGACAAGUGACUCAGCCUAAGGCAGUUUGAAUUUAAAUUUCCUAUCAGAACUAGAAAAGUCCUGAUUAACACACCCAGCCCUAGCCAAUGGGCUGAUUGAGAGAUCCUCACGUAUCCCAAGUAAAUCUCAUAAGACUGGGAAUUUUGUGGAUCUGCUGGAAAGAGAAGCUUCCAGAAGCCACCACAUGAAAGUGAUCUACUGAGAGUGAAGCUAAUGGGAGGAAGAGUAGAGCCAAGCCACGGAGGGAAAGACAGAUCAAGUUCCAAUGACAUUGCCUGAGUUCCCGAAUUCAGUCAUGCCUGACAUUAUCCUGACCUCUGCAGGUUUUAGCUAUAGGAAUCAGUAAAUUAUGUCUUACCCAAGGCAGUUUGAAUUUGGGUUUCCUAUUACUUGCAAUUAGAAAAGUCCUAAUUAAUACAGUGGGUUUGCAUCUCUGACUUAUGUGGACUAUUUCAUUUUAAAGUUUAAUGGACAUUGAUGAAUCCCAAGCUCUUUGCAAAGAGGGGAAAACUGAAAUGGUGAGGUAAAAUAAUGAAUUCCCCAGACCUGCUCCUCCAAAAUCAAAGCAGAAAGUGAUAGUUCUGAGUAAUCAGCCAGUCAACUAGUCUUUAUCCUAGUAUUUACUGAAAAUCUGUGCACCCUCAAGGUACACAAACUUUAAGACAUGAUUUCUCACCUGUUCCUACGUCCCAUCUAAUUAGGAAAAAUGAUUUACAAGCUAAUGAAUAGCAAGACCAAGAGUAGCUAAGCGCUAAUGAUGCAACACAGGCUAUAAGCACUGUUGGAGUUCAGACAGGAUUGCUGCUCCAGUCUCUACUCAAAUUCUAUAGACCAAAAUUGCAAACCCGUAGCUGGCAGGGCUGAAAAUCUGGCUUUUCUGGCUUCAACCUUAAAUUUGUUUUUUUAAAAGACAGGCAUGGUGGUGCUCACCUGUAGUACCAGCUACUCAGGAGACUGAAGCAGAAGGAUCAUUUGAGCCCAGGAGUUCAAGUCUAGCCUAGGCAACAUAGUAAGACCCCCAUCUCAAAAAAAUAAUUGUAGAAAAAAAAAGUUUUAAUAUAGCAAAGAUUUCAUAUAAAAAAUCUAGAUUUCAAACUUCUCUUUUAAAAAUAUCAAAGUCAGGCAACAUUGGGCAUAUGUAAUAGUCAGGAUAAGCUAGGUUUUGCUGCAGUAACAAAUAUCCCCCCAAACUCAUUGGCUUAACAAAAGAAAGGCUACUUCCCACUCACACAAGACAACUGUGGAUUGAAGUGAUUCUCCAGGGAUGCCUCAGUAUUGAUACCUUCAUAUCAACAAGUGCAUUCAUGGCCACCAGGGCAGAGAAAAAGAAGUAGAGAGGGCCGAGCACUAGCAGUGAAAUAUUUCCUCCUGGAGUGACAUACAUCACUUUAGCUUAUGUUUCAUUGGCCAAAGCAAGUCACAUGGCCAUUCUUAAUUUCAAAGAUGCAAGGAAGCUCAGUCCUCCCAUGGACCACGGAGGAGAAAGGAACCAGAAAAUAGUAAACAAUUAAUAUCUUCCAUGGCAUGCACUUCCUUAUGGCAACAAUAGGCUGGAGUCCACUGGAAGCUGCCCCUUGAAAUGGGACUUAAACACCCAGUUUGACACAGUCUCCACCCGACCUGCCUAGCCCUUGGGAGCGUUUGAUUUUGCAAGCCUGGUAUAGAUAAAGUCAAUCUCAAUAUCAGUUUUUCAGAUGUCCCUGGUGAUCCAUGGAGUUAUCACACAGUUUUCAAAAGCAAAUGUUUUGCUCUGCUUGAAACAAAAACUUAUGCCGUGCAGAAUUCUUACAAUGAAAAGCAGGAUGGUAUCAUGAAAUCAAACGUGAAGUUGAAACUAGCUGUUAUUGUAGUCUGCAAAUUACAUAAACCUGUUUAUGGUGAUUUCUUCCUGUUGCUCUUCCCUCAAUCAAUCAAACACCCACCAGGAGAAACAAGCCUCCCAAGCUCUUCCCUGGAGUGGUAGUGACUUGGGAAGGGGGGCGGGGGGAUGUCUAAUUUAACAUUUUGAAACAUUUACAUAUAUAUGAAUAUACAUACAUAUAGAUGUGUCUAUAUAAAUAUUCAAGGCUAAAAUAUUUGAGAAGAAAACUUGUGAGCUAGGAAUGGGAAGGCUUCUCUUCCAAUGACCACCAAUGAGAAUGUUAUAAAAUAUGUCUAAAGAUUUAAGAAUAAAUCAGCAUCCAUACAAAUGCAACCAUCUCUUGGAAAA